AUGUCUCCGCCUACCAUUAUCGCUCCCUCUAUUCUUUCCGCGGAUUUCGCUGCGCUUGGGGCGGCAUGUUCCGACUUGAUGAAAUCAAACAGUGAUUGGAUUCAUGUGGAUAUUAUGGAUGGCCAUUUUGUUCCCAAUAUCACUUUUGGCGCCCCAGUUGUAUCCAAAAUCCGCAGACAUGUAGCCCGACCUUCUAAUCCUGGUGGAAAAGGCACUUUUGAUUGCCAUAUGAUGAUUGCAGAGCCCCAGAAAUGGGUGACGCAAUUCAAAGGUGCAGGUUGUGACCUCUACUGUUUCCACUAUGAAGCAGCCAUGACGUCAACUGCCGCUAAGGACCCGACGGAUACGUCGACCACCCGCCGCACCAGUCCGACUAUCAAGCCAGAUACUCCAGUGGAUGUGUUGUGGGAUAUACUUGAACAGGAAGAUCCCUUGGAUAGACCUGAUAUGGUGCUCGUUAUGACGGUGUACCCCGGAUUCGGCGGGCAGAAAUUCAUGGCUUCAGAAUUACCCAAAGUAAAUGCCCUGCGAGUCAAGUAUCCCCAUCUUAAUAUUGAAGUCGAUGGAGGCCUCGGAGAGGACACCGUAGAACAGGCGGCAGAGGCUGGGGCCAACGUGAUUGUUGCUGGGUCGGCUGUAUUUGGCGCUCGGGAUCCAGCUCAAGCAAUUGCAACGCUCAGAGAAGCCGUCGAGAAACGGAGAAAAUGA